CUCUUGUCAUUUGAGUUGAGCGAGCAUGACAAGCUAUAUCAAGUUCACGCCUAUUUCAGGCGCAAAGAACGAAGACGCUCUAUGCUACCUUUUAGAGAUAGAUGAAGUCAAGUUGUUGUUGGAUUGUGGAUGGUCCGAUUCAUUUAAGGUUGAUGAUCUAUACCAUUUGAAAAAGAUUGCAAAGCAGAUCGAUGCAGUUCUCAUCUCUCACAGUGAUCUACCUCAUUUGGGCGCAUACCCCUAUGCACGCUCAUAUCUUGGGAUGACAUGUCCUGUCUAUUCGACUGUCCCUGUAGUAAACAUGGGCAAGAUGUGCCUAUAUGACAUGUAUCAGUCCAAAACCAAUGAGAUGAAUUUCGAUACAUUUACACUUGAAGAUGUCGACAAUGCUUUUGACAAGAUUACUUCUCUCAGAUAUUCUCAACCUUUUGCUUUACCUGGAAAGUGUCGUGGGAUUACAAUUACUGCCUAUGCAGCAGCUCAUACAAUCGGUGGUACCAUUUGGAAAAUUAAACAAGAUACAGAUGAGAUUGUCUAUGCCGUUGAUUUCAACCAUCGCAAAGAACGCCAUCUGGAUGGCACUGUUUUGCACUCUGGUGGCGUAGUACUUGAUUCCCUUACUCGCCCAUCUCUCUUGAUUACAGACGCACUCAAUGCAGCCGUUAUUCAUCCUGCUCGCAAGGAUCGUUAUGCUGCCAUGUUUGACACUAUGAUCAGCACUUUACGUAACAAUGGCUCUGUAUUAUUACCUACCGAUUCAUCUGCGCGUGUACUCGAACUCUCAUAUUUACUCGACCAGCACUGGACCACAAAUCAGUUGCAAUUUCCUCUUAUUAUGCUCACCAAUACCAGUUAUCACACUGCACAUUUUGCAAAAAUUAUGCUCGAGUGGAUGGGAGAUGACCUCACGAAACACUUUUCUCAGACUCGUGAAAACCCCUUUGAAUUCAAAUACUUGCGUCUCUGUCACAAGCUUGAAGAUCUUGAUCAGUACCCUGGUCCCAAAGUUGUAAUCGCAAGUAACGAUAGUUUGGAGACUGGUUUUGCUCGCGACCUUUUCUUACGAUGGAUGGAAAAUACACCAGGACAGGCAACCAAUACACUUAUUUUGACAGAUCGAUCCGCACCUGGAUCAUUGGCUCGCAAGCUAUAUGAUGAUUGGGACAAAACAACAGAUGAGAUGACAAGCACAACCAACGAAAGUGUACCUUUAAAUGGACGUACAAAGACCCCUGUAAAACCUGCUAUCGAUUAUGAUACUAAGCACCAUCUCACCGUGUUUAGACGUGUUCCUCUUGAAGGUGUUGAACUCCAAGAGCAUGAAGCCAUCCAACGUGCUCAGGCUGAACGAGACGCAGCUCAAGCAGCCAUGAUUGCAAGGAGUAAAACUAUUAUGGAAGAAGAUGAGUCUGAUGUAUCUGAUAUUGACGAAGCCGAUGAUACAAUGGAGGACUUGAUGACAACGCAGUAUGAUCUUUAUGUGCGAGAUGCAGGCAGAUCUGGCGGUUUCUUUAAACAGGCUCAGAGUUAUCGCAUGUUCCCUUAUCUCGAAAAACGCAAAAAGAUUGAUGAUUAUGGUGAAGCCAUUCAAAUUGAACACUACAUGAAAGACUCGGACCUUGACAGGAUCCAGGCCGAGCGUAAUACUGUGGGCGAAGGAGCUAAUUUUGGAAAAGAAGAGGAAAUGCAAAUCGAUAUACAAGAACCAUUACUGCCUGGCAGAGAUCAAACACCUACAAAAUAUAUCAAAAAUGAACAAGACAUUCAGGUCCAUUGCUUGUUACGUUAUGUAGAUCUGGAGGGUUUGUCGGAUGGUAGAUCCAUGAAGACCAUUCUUCCACAGAUUGCACCAAGGAAAUUGAUUAUUGUCCACGGUGGAAAAGAGUCAACAGAUGAUCUGGCACAGGCAUGUCAGAGUAUGGAUCAUUUCACAAAGGAAAUCUUCACACCUUCUGUUGGAGAGGUCCUCAAUGUCUCUGCAGCCACAAACAUUUACCGUGUAAAGCUUACUGAUGCUCUUGUCAGUUCUCUUCAAUUCUCAAAGUUGGAUGAUUAUGAAUUGGCACGAGUUUCUGGCAGAAUCCACUUCCCAGAAGAUUCUACUACUCCUUCCCUAGAUGUCGCAAUCUCUGGAGAACCUUCAAAAUGGGAACCCUCUGUAUUUGUUGGAGAUGUACGCUUGACAGAAUUCAAGCGGAUACUCCAAGCUGAAGGUAUAUCGGCUGAAUUCAAAGGUGAAGGUAUGCUGGUCUGCAAUGACCAGGUAGCCGUUCGUAAGACUGGAGCUGGCCAGCUGUUGGUAGAAGGCGUACUUUCUGUAGAUUAUUACAAAAUCAGAUCUUUGCUAUAUUCUCAACACGCUAUUUUGUAAUCUUCUAUCUUUAUUUCCCUACUCUUUAUUUCUCUCUAUCUCUCUUUAUCUCUCUUUUUCUAGACCUUGUUAAGAAUAACAUGUUGAUCUUUCACCCUCAUUUAUUUGAAAAUAAAACAUAAAAAACACACACAUAUAUAUAUAUAU